AUGCCGGGAGAUGUAAACAAACAACUGUCACUGAACGUCCGACCAGUGCAAUUGCAGUUCGAUGCGUACACACAAUUUCAGUUCAAAACCAUGGCCAAGAACAGCAAGAGCGGUUCACCGAGGAUCUGCGUACUGUGCCAAAAUCGAUCCUCAAUAACGGACACACAAACGGACGAUGCGUUCGAGCGCAUUACGUAUCAUAAAUUUCCGGCCAAUCCGCAACGGUUCGAUCGGUGGCUAGAGCUCUGUGGCCUUUCCAAAGAAAGCAUGCCCACGAUAGCGUACAAAUUCAUUUGCAGCAAUCACUUCGCACCGGAAUGCUUCGAGCGUGAUCUACGUGCGGAACUUCUGUACGGCACGAGACGUAUGGCACUGAAGAAGGACGCGUUGCCAACGAUUCGAACCCCAACACAGCAGUUAAAGCGAAAGCUAAACACACAGUCUAGCGAAGAGGAAGAUCGUCAGAAGCGCAAAGAGCAGGUGGAUCAACUAUUGAACGGUCAAAUACCGGUGACGGAAGCGAUUGUGAAUCCGAUUCGAAAGCGUGCCGGUGAGGAAUCGUCAUACUUUGCACGGGAACCUGUAGAACAAAAUCUGUCCAAGAACACUCUGUCACACAUGAGUCAAUCAGAAAUGGUGCAACUGAUCGAAAAUCUGCAACAAGAAACCACGAAUCAACAAAUACACAUAGCAAAGCUGCAACGUACGAUCGAUAGUAAGACUGAAAAGAUCAACUUUGCCAAAGCGGAAAUUGUAAACACAGCGAUUUCGUUGCAAGAGCUCAAAGAUCACGAAAAUCGUCAUGUGAAUGAACGAAUCACAGAGAUAUUGUCUGGCCGGUUUGGUGAAGGCCAGCUGGCCACGAUUAUGGCCGGUCCGCUUGAUCAAACGGAGCCUUCACUGCUUCAAGUGCUGUGGACUGAAAAUGAGCUAGUUCAAGCGCUCAGGUUAAGGUGCGUCAGUAAGGAGGCGUACGAAUUGAUGCGCAAAGAGCUACGCUAUCCGCUUCCGGGUGCUUCACAAAUCGAGCGAUGGAUACACAGCGUUUAUCUGGAAACGGGACACAAUGCAACAGCUAUGCGCAUCUUGCAGCUUCACGGAUUUGCGUUAAAAGACAUCGAACGUAUCUGCACACUUUACCUGACUCGUAUCAACAUCCCCGUUCGGUACCAUUACGAUUGCAAGCGUGAUCAAAUUUAUGGACCAAAAGCUCAAUUACACUGCCUUACCGUGCAAGGAAUAUUUGCCUCGUGGCAACAGAUCGUUCACACUGAAUUCGAUCUCGACGUUAGCAAAGUGUUGGUGGAAAAAAUUAUCAGCGAUCUGCAUGAAAUCAGUUACACGGUGGUGGCAUUAACGACCGACUGUGAUCGUGAAACGGCAGACAUGUGGCGCUCAUGGAACGUUAGCAAUGAACAGCACUACAUACAACACCCGAUAACGGGUCAUUCGAUUUAUGUGUACGCUUGUCCGGAUCGAACGCUGGUCGCCAUUCAUCGGUCACUGAUUGAAGAUGGAUUCCUAAUGCAGGAAAACAAUCUUCCGAUUACCCGAGCUGCUUUGAUGCCAUUUCUCAAUAUGAGACAGUUUUGUGAGAAUGGAGAGCCCAGUAGCACCCUCUACGACAGAUAUCUUAGUAAAAGGGUACUGCCAGCUAUAUCGUACGAUGCAACUCUUUCGCGGAAAUUUAUUUCUUCCACAACGACAAACACUUUGAGAAUGCUUGCGAAUGACGAAGAAGAUGACGACGGAGUGCUCUCUACUUUGAUUACAUUGAUCGAUCUAUUCGUCGACUGGUACGAACUAUGCACCGCGCCUAGCUAUUCGAUGGAAGAUCCUGCAGUUAAGCAGGAACCACUUAUCACCAACCUACCUUACGGAGUGUGUGAAGAUGAGCAGAACAUUGUGCUGGAUGGAAUGUACGAUGUGAUGGAAACAAUACGCUGUUUAAAUGCGGACAAUGAUUUCCUUCCUCCAGCCGUGCUCAUGUCCAUCAACUCGAUGCGCAAGUUGUUAGCCGAUUUAAAGACCCACUAUCCUGAGCAAAUUAAAGACUUACCAAUGAUACGCCUUAGUGCAAUACCGUUGAACGAAACGUUUCGGAACUUGCAACUGGUACUACAACAAGAUUCACACACAUCAAAAGUACGGUCAGUAAAUGAUGUUCUUUUCCAUCUCUGUGAGACGGUUGUCUCCAUGGGAUCAAACUCAUAUGCCACAAACAUACUGCUACAACAGGGAGGUUUUUCGGACGGAUUGUCCCUUAAAAAUCUACGUCGACAAGAUGAUCCCAUCGAUUCAGAUAUUCGCGAUGUAACCGAGUCUAAUGCUUGUAACUUUCUUGCACAGUUCAUCGUAGCUCGAUUGGGUCAUAGGUACGAAUAUCUCGGCGAUCAGCCGGUCACCAUUGAGCACAAUAACGACCAGUACGUCAUCAAACCUUUCGAUAGGGAAAAUUUUUCCAGCAUUACACCUUCGACGGUGUGGGCGGAACAAGCAAAGACGUUUGAAUCGUACCUGCGUAAUACGAUACAGGAUAAAAAACCAGAAUUGGCUAAAUCAUUGGUUGAUUUCAUUGCUUUUCGCUAUCCCCACCUAGGGCGAGAUUUGGUGGAGCUGUACGUACGGAAACGUAUAGCGAUUAAGCUAAAAAACCUUAACUCCAUGCUGGAUGCUGCAAAAGCGCAAAAGAGCAGCUAAUAAACCG